CAUUAAUACCUACCUAUUACGGUUUGGGGCCUGGGAUCUCUCUUGUGCAAAAUGACAGCUGGCAUCCCGUGGUGCUGCCUGCUGACGGAGAUGUGCGCAGGCUGGAAGGUGCUCCACUGGAGCCCACCAACAUGUCCGCUGGUCCUGUGAGGAGUCUGCAAGGAGCUCCAUCUGGGGCGCUUUUCAAAGGGCUGAGACCAGGAGGCACCUUCUUCUCUUCAGCAAAUUGCCAGGGAAGGGCCCGAGCCGGCAUUCAAUCACUGAUCGCGAGGGGUUUUGGACCUCUGCAUCUCAACCAGCAAAAAGGUGUUGCAGGACUUAGCAAAGUCGGCGAAAAGGCGCUGGGAGUAGCCUGUUUGGGACCCAAGCCACUUUGCUGGACCCAAGCUACGUUUCAGGCCCCUGACAUCCUCUCCAAACAGGCUCCCAAGAGGGAAAAGGCCACACUUAGGGAAAUCAAAGGGAGUUCCAGCAAAGCGAAUGGCACUCUACUCAGUAGCCUUCCUCUGCAUGCAUCGCGCGGUCAUCUCUCAAGGAUGAAGAAAGCAGGAAGGACGAUUGCUCACUGCACCUGCUUGGCUCCGGGCGUGGCCGUCCGCGAGAUGGACAUGACGCCCUCGCCAGCUCAGCUUGAGAAGCCCAGACCCGACCACUUGCUGGUCUUGGUUAGCGGGAUCAACAGCACGUACAAAGACUGGAAGUUUUCUAAGGAUCAGUUGCAGAAGAAGCUGGGGGAUGCAGUUGUCAUCCAUGCCAGCGAAGCCUCUCCUGGCAAGAAGACGCUCGAGGGGAUCGACGUGACCGGUCUCCGGUUGGCAGAGGAGGUCAAGCAAGUUGUCAAGGACAACCCCGGCCUCUCCCGCAUUUCCUUUGUGGGCCACUCGCUCGGGGGCCUCAUUGCGCGGCAUGCAAUUGCGGUCUUGUACAAGGACCCCUCGUCUGACCGGGGGGUAGACGUGACAGCGCCGAAUGGGGGCUUUGAAGUCAAUGCAACCGAGGAAGAAGGAGAAGCGGACACUCUGUCUGAUUCCUCCCAGCAGGAAGGGGCACAGAGAUUGGAUGACAGUGAACAAUUGUUAGAUGCGGCGUCUACAGAGGGAGAGGCGGGGAAGAAGGCCGAGUCAGGGAACAAAUUGUUUGAACAGCUGAAGGGCCGGUUCAAAAUCGGCUCUCAGAAGGAUGGGAAGAAGGCAAUUGAGCGGCCCCCAUCUCGUGUGAAGUCUUACUCGUUUUUGAAGCCGUCGGGGAAGGUAACAAUUGCGGGGUUGAAACCGGUGCACUUCAUAACGAUGGCAUCACCGCAUCUUGGGUGCCGAGGCAACAAGCAGCUCCCGUUUCUGCUUGGCAUCCGACCACUCGAGAGCCUUGGCCCGAAGAUUGCACACAUCGCCAUUGGAGAAACGGGUCGCCACUUGUUCCUGGCUGACGGCACUGAGAACGAUCCCCCCUUGCUCCUCAAGAUGACCCGCGACACGGAGGCGCUCCCGUUCAUGAGCGCUCUGGGCGCCUUCGAGUUGCGCAUUGCCUACGCCAAUGCGACGUACGACCACCUCGUGGGCUGGCGCACGUCGUGCAUCCGGCGAGAGGGGGAACUGCCCAAGCUGCCGAAACGGUGGCCGGACGAGAAGUACAAGUUCAUCAUGGGCGUUGACGACUGCCCUGCGAUUCCGCUGAGUGAGAGGGAGGCGUCCUCGAGUGAGGGCAGUGCGCGCUCGCUGCAAUCAACCACCUCCAGAAGCGCGGAGAGCGGGGAUGCCGACGUGGCAGCACGAGAGGAAAAUCACGUGGCCCACCACCUCGAGGGGGUUCCCGUGGAGGCGCACAAGGUGCCCCCCCAGCUGGAGCCGGCGAACGAGUCGCAGGACUGGGGCAACUGGUCAGGAAAGAAGACGCACACCGACACGUUGGAAGAGGAGAUGAUUGCCGGUCUGCAACAGGUGCCCUGGCGGAAAGUGGACGUGAGCUUCAACGGCGCAUACCUGCCGAUGUUCGCCCACUUCAGCAUCACCGUCAAGUCUGAGUGGCUCCAUUGGGAGGGGGAGGCGGUGGUGACGCAUUUGGCUGACACCCUGCUGCGAGCGGAGGGCAUUCUGCCCCCCGAGCCGGAAAACAACGUUGAGGAGGUGGGCGCCGAGAGGGCCGCCAUUGUGGGCUCACAUGGUACCCUCCAAAAGGAAGCGGAGGGGAAAGCGAAAGCUACGGAGGAAGAGCCGCUUCGGCAGGAAGCGAAACGGUAGCGGGACAGGUUGGAGGCUGUUUGAUACGAUUUGUACAAUCUUUAGAGUACCGGCCGAGGUGAAAGGGAGUCAUAUGGCGCUCGUUGCUUGGAGUUUCUAAGACUUUCUUGGAGACAGAGGAACGUUCCAAUACUGCACUCUGCUUUGGGAAGGCCGUGUUGCUGACUGCGAGAUGUUGUCAAGAAGAGCGCUUGAAGUUUGUAGUGUUCGAGGACCUCCACUUCAAGAUGUACAGUAGUCUCCUUGGGGCGCGGUCAGUUAACGAACGAUGUAGAAUACAGCCGUUAUGUUAGGCCAGGUCAAUUCGAGCACUUUCAUGUAUUGUUCGUUCUUUCGUGGUACGUCAGGUUACUCUAGAUUCACAUACUGAAGUUGGGAGCCUAAUGAGAGGUGUCGCAAGCGUAUUGAAGCCAACGAUGAUGUCGCUUCUCACAUGGUUCGUUCAUGAUAUAAACUAAUGUUCUUUUGAACCACGCACACAAC